AUGAUUGGAGAAGUAUCAGGGCAUAAGCUACAUAGAGAUCAGUAUCAUCACAGGUUAGAUGAUUUCUCGCAAAACUACUCCACACGAAGAAUCAGCAAGGAAAAAUAUAACUCGGGUUUACUACAACAAGAUUUCCCGGUUGAGAAAUUAGCGUUGAAUCAUCAAGGUGGCAGCAAGCAGAGAAAGAGAAGAGAAUAA